GGUUGCCUAUAUCGAUUAAUCAGUCGAUGUGUGUCUUAUAAGAAAAACAACCUGAUAACUCGAUUUUUUCUUAUAAAAUGGCAAAUUUGCCUACUGGAAUCGUUUCGCAUACAAGACGCGUUCAAAGUCUAUAUAAAAAAGCUUUGAGGUCUUUAGAAGAUUGGUAUGAUCGGCGAGAAGUUUUCCGGUAUCAAGCAGUAUUAAUGCGACAAAGAUUUGAGGAGAACCGCAAUGUGAAAGAUAUGCGAGUUGCUAAUAGCAUUGUAGAGUUGGGUGAGGAGGAAUUGUUCCAAAAAGCGCAUUGGUUACCAAAGAAAUUUCCAUUAUCUCCUGGUGGUGUUGCUUAUCAAAGAGAAGUUAUCCCUCCUGAUUGGAUAAUAGAUCAUUGGCAUCCAUUAGAAAAAGCUCAGUAUCCUGAAUACUUUGCAAAACGAGAGUUGAGGAAGAAAGAAUUUAUCAGGGAGUAUGAAAAGAAAUAUGGAAAAGCUUCGGUAGUUCCACACCAUUAAAAAAGAAGUUAAUAUUGUAGAUUUGCUUUAUUUAAAUAAAUAAUCAAGUAAUACAUAAA